AUGUAUAAUUAAAAUAAUGAAAAGGUCAAUUCCCUGUUUGAUUUGGUUGAAAAUGACUUCAUGGUCAAUUAUUUGAUGGAUCCGCCUCAUGCGUUUCCUAGAACUAAUAGCAACUAAAAUUUUAUUGGAUUAUAAUAAAAUUUUUCAUUAUUGGAUAAUUAGUAUGAACCAAUGGAUUUGAAGUAGGAGGAGCCAAUUCUAGAUGCAAAGAAACAGAAACAGAAAAAGCGAAAAACUUAAAAAAGCAAUUAAUCUGAACAUACAAAACAGAAGGAUCCAUUUCAGUAUAAGAAUAACUUGAAAAACACUUACAUCAAUAAGAUCACCAACCUGGUUUAGUAGGAUAGUCAGAAAUUGUUACAACAACAAUAGGCAAAAUUUAGAACAUCGGAGGAAGAUAGACAUGAUAAAAAUAACAGUGUUUCUUAUUAGGAAAUAGAGGACAGCACUCAGGCCAAAUUGCUGAGGAAUAGGGAAUGCGCCAGGAAUUCGAGGAAGAGGAAGAAGAUUUAUAUUGAAUUGCUGGAGCAUCGAGUCAAACAAUUAAAUGAUGAACUCGAGAAACAGAAAUUAUUGAAUAAGACAAGUGCAGGUUACUUGAAUAAGAUGAGUUAGAAUCAAUAAGUAUUUGUUCAUUAGAAUGUUUCAUAGUUGUAAGGAUUCUUUUUGGGAAGGUAAUAAUUAUACGAGAAAUUGGAGAAAUCAAUCCAAAACAAGGCAGAUGACAAUGAAUUAAAUUUACUCCUAGAUUCAAUGAGAUUUAGAGUUGGUGGAGGGGGCAAAGAAAGAGUAAGUGCCUCCAAUUACUUCUUUAAUUAAAUAUUGGAGAUCUGCUUUCCUGUUCAUGUUCGAUACAUGUUAUGGGCUGCAAGUGAAAGCAAGGACUUGUUUGCUGAUUAAUAGGAUCAAUAGUUAUAGGAAGGACAACCUCAGUGGUUGCUGGAUCUCACCAACGAUCUCUAGAUAACUGAGGCUUAGAAAAAAUAGAUGAAGAAAUCUUAAAGAAGGAUUAUAAGUGAUAAGAAUAAAUUAUUAGAAAUUUUGAGUUAAUUCCAGGAAAUCAAAGAAUAACUAUACAAUAAAACCUCUUAAGUGGAGAACUUUGUUGAUGAGCUUAGAAAUAUUUUAAAUCCUACACAAGUUGGCAAAUUUUUAAUUGGCUUAGAGAAGAACAAAUUUAAAAGAGAAAUGGCAAUAUCUAAGAUAUGGAAUAUAUUCGAUGAUCAGAGUGAAGAUGAAGAAGGAGAUGUUGAAGUCAAAGAAGAGGAUUCCGUCGAAGAACCAGCAAAGAAAAAAGUAUAAAUUUGA